AUGGCUGACGAAAGACUAGUGGUCCUGAAUCGUAGUGACAACUUAGGAUUUGGAUUUUCUUUGCUUGGCGAAGCCGGUUUGCCACACAUUAUUUACCAAAUUGAAGAAAAUUCCCCGGCGGCACGAAGUGGUGAGGUCGAGGCUGGAGACGUAUUGCUCAAGGUUAAUGGGACUGACGUAAACCGGUUCACGACCAGAGAAGUUUUAAAAUGCUUACGACUUUCGUCGGAUCCCGUCACUUUGAGGCUGAAAAAGGACCCGGAGAUUAAGGCGAAUGUGAGGCGAUACAUCGCGGCGGCGGCGGAGCGACGGGCCGCCGCGGCGCGGACAAAGCACGACAAGUCGAGCUCACCGCCGUCGAGCCAUUCGAACAGCAACUCGACCAGCAACUCGUCGACCAACUCGUCUAGCAACGGGUCGGGGGUGCAGUCGGGUGACAGCUGCGAGGCGUUACUGACGGACGAGAAGGGGAGGCGGGGCAGGGUGAGCCAGCCCAAGUUCGAGGCGUACAUGAUGACAGGGGACCUCAUACUCAACCUGUCCAGGGUGGAGCACCCGCACCACAACCACCAUGCGCCGACGCAUCGCACACACUUCCACAGAUACAAUUCAACGCCUGCGUCGCCGAGCGAGAACCGCUUGGCCGCCCGCGUAGAACUCACCCAAAGGCACAACUCUUCCCCGGAUACCGGCCUAAAAGAGUCCUCCCUGAGUGCGGUCGCGGUGGAAAUGGAGGAGGACGUGACGUCGUCACUGAACACGCUGCUGGACGCGCGGCCCGACUCGGCUACGCCCGGCCCAAGGUCUGACUCCGAUUUAGAGCGGGAUAGGAUCGUGUGGACGUACAACGCGCCCGUUUCUUCCGCGUCAGAGCGAACGCACUGCAACGGCUCUGGCGCUACCUCCAACUCUACCUCGAUAUCAGACGGCAUGUCGCAACGGUCGUCGUCGCCCGCGUCGCCCACAUCCGUGUCGUCAUCGGUGAUGUCCUCCCGCGCCACGCCCACCCACCGAGCGCCCGCGCUGCUCACCACCUCGCAGCACUCGCAGCACUCGCACCGCCCGAUCAACGGCGACAUGAGCCUCUCGGAGGCGGUGUCGAACAUAUCCAGUCCGGACUACCAGGACCAGGACGACAUGUUCGAGGCGGGCCGCGAGUGCCCCCGCAUGGAGCUCUCCGACCCCUCGGACUCGGACUCCACGAUCCUGGUGUCGGAGCCGUGCCACAAGCGCGCCAAGUCCGACUCGCCGUACUCCAACGAGCAGGACAGCGACGUCACCCUCAACGGAACAACGGAGCGCAGCAAGGACUACAGGAUAGUGAUACAGGUGAAGGGGCCCGACAAGCUCAACGCGAACGCCGGCGACGCGGCUAACAACAAUAACAACAACAACAGCAAUUACACGCAAAACGGAAAGGAGAACGGCUGCAACUCGCCCGAGAAUCAGGGAUAUCAGGAAUUAGGGUGUGGAUCGGACGGGGGUUCGGAUGAGGGUUCGGACGGUGAUUCCCUGCAUUCGUUCCACUAUAGUCCAAAAGCCGUGGAUAUACCGUCAGCUGAGCGGCUCGCGAAGCGGCUGUACCAUCUCGACGGGUUCAAGAAGUCCGACGUCUCUAGGCAUUUAAGCAAAAACAACGAGUUCUCGCGCGCCGUGGCCGAGGAGUACGUGAAGCACUUCGAGUUCAGCGGCGCCACGCUGGACGAGGCGCUGCGCCGCUUCCUGGCGCGCUUCGCCCUCUCCGGCGAGACGCAGGAGCGCGAGCGCGUGCUGGUGCACUUCUCGCGCCGCUACCUCGAGUGCAACCCGGGCUCCUUCCACUCGCAAGACGCCGUGCACACGCUGACGUGCGCCAUCAUGCUGCUGAACACGGACCUGCACGGGGGCGCGGCGGGCGCGGGCGGCGGGGGCAGCGCCUUCCGCCGAAUGUCCUGCGCCGAGUUCAUCGACAACCUGGCCGACCUCAACGACGGCGACAACUUCCCGCGCGACACACUCAAGCACCUCUACCACGCGAUCCGCACGCAGCCGCUGCAGUGGGCGCUCGACGCGGAAGCCAACCAGACGUCGGCGACGGAGGCACGCGCGCCGGUCGGCAGCAACCCGUUCCUCGACGUGCCCGACCAGAGCCGCGCCGUCGAGUACAAGAAGGGCUACGUCAUGCGCAAGUGCUGCGUAGACGCCAACGGCAAGAAGACACCGUUUGGACGACGUGGGUGGAAAAUGUUCUACUGCACACUGCGGGACUUAGUUCUCUAUCUGCACAAAGACGAACACGGUUUCAGACGGAGUCAGAUGUCGGAUAACUUGCACAAUGCUAUUAGAAUACACCACGCCCUGGCAACCAAAGCGACAGAUUAUACGAAAAAGCAACACGUGUUUAGAUUGCAAACAGCGGACCAGUCUGAAUAUUUAUUCCAGACUAGCGACUCGAAGGAGCUGUGCUCGUGGGUGGAGACGAUCAACUUCGUGUGCGCGGCGUACUCGGCGCCGCCGCUGGCCGGCGCGGUGGGCUCGCAGCGCAAGUUCCAGCGGCCGCUGCUGCCCUGCACCCACACCAAGCUGGCCAUGCGCGAGCAACUGGCCGACCACGAAGAGCGGGCAGCGCGACUGGAGGAGGAGCUGGCGGCGCUGCGCAGCUCCCGAGACGCCGCGCACACACACGCGCACCACGCACACUCGCGCGACAAGGACCACUACCUCGUGCACGAAAUCAAGAGGUACCGCACGUACGCGUACGUGAUGCGGGCGCGCGCGGGCGGCGCCGGCGCGGAGGAGGCCGCGCCCGCGCUCCCCGAGCGGCCGCAGCUGGCGCACGCGCACGCGCACCAGCCGCACCAGCCGCCGCCC